AUGCGAGGCCAGCCUGAGAUGUCUUGGAUGGAGUAUAUGUCUAUGCCAUCACGACAACCAACAAUUCUUUGCGUAAUCUUCCGCUCUCUCAUAGAAAGCCCUCCGGAACAUCAGAUUGUGCCACCUGUGAUCUACCAAAUUCUUGAUCGUCAAACAUGUCGUGAGCAUGUUUUGGCUGUGAAUGCCCUAGUGGACUACAUUAUUUCGCAAUGGAAUGCAGAAAAGAACUUGGAAGAGUUCCUGCCCAUGAUGAUCAGAGUGCUUAAUAUGAUGGUUUUUCAUCGGCAUGUCAUGACUUUUGAUCGACUGUUACUGUCUCUUGUACUACAUCCAGCUACAGAUCAUGCUAGCCAAAUAGCUAUGGUCAUCGUUCAGGCUCUUUUGAACUGCACAGAAAUUAAUGAAAGAAUUGACUUUUAUUGCCGUUACAUACCCAAACGGGACGUGGACGCUCCAGAGCAUUUCCGCCGCCUCGCCGAAUAUCACAGA